GGUAUUUUCUAUAGUAAGAAAACAAGCCUGCAUUUCGAAUUGUUUGAUCAAUGAAUCAUUUAUGUACGAGUAUCUUUUCGGUUUUAUCAAAAAUUCAUUGCACACCGUCUAGAAAAUUCACUUUGACUCAUUUAUAUAGUUCUAUAUAAAUGAAAAAUGACGACGAUACAAGAGGAAACGAAAAACUUCGUGAGACGAGCUGUUCUUACAACAGACCCGCAGAAAGCUGUCACGGAAUACUUUUUAUCCAAGCAAGAGGAUCGAAAUAUUAAAAAGUAUCCGGAAUGGGAUAAGCCAAGGGAUUUCCCUGCGUCGGAAGUGGUGAGAGCAUAUUGUGACUUAGCAAAAGUACAAGAGAAAUUGCAGGCGAAAUGGCUCGAGCAAGAGAAAAGGCGACAAAUCAUGGAUGAGCAGUGGAAGGAGAUGAGGCACGAUGAAUUAGUACUUCGCGAGUCAUUCAUAAAAUUCAACCGAUUCGUUCGGGAGAAUCAGGAGAAACGGGAGCGUGCGGAGAUUAAAAUUAAAGAAGAACGAGAGCGCCAAGAGAGUCGACGCAAAGAAAUCGAUAAUUUAACCGAAAAGUUAGAUCACAUGAAAAACGUUCGCGACAAAAUGAAGAAGUACGUGGAAGAGUACAAAAAGUAUCAGAAUUAUUUAGAGAGAGUGAUUAACGAGACAGGAGAGUUUCACUCGAUCUCUGAGAUAUUCAAUCGUUACGAAACUUUGAUCGAGGCCAGGUCGAUCUUGUCCGUGCAUCAAGAUAAGAAUCUUCAAGCGUUAGAGGAGACGGGGACAGAAAUAUAUCAUAUGACGGAAACAAAGGCACAGAAAUUCAUGGGUCUGAACAAUAAGUUGGCACAACUACAAGCGAGACGCGACAAGGCAGAGGCGAAAGCCCUGAAAUGGGAGACGAUCCUAUCGAGGAUAAAGGCAAGCACCACGGAGAUGAAUUUGAAGUACACGCAGGUAAAAACCUGCUGCUGGAAUUUGUAUCAGCAGACAUGUAAGAGAAAGGAUGUUCCCAUCACUGUUGGCAAAGAUGACACGGAGCAACAGCUCGAGCACAUAAAACGCACUAUCCUCGAAUUAAAACGAAUCAUCAAGGUCGCGAAGAAACGAGCAGCGAAGAUGGACGAUCAUCCUUAAAAUACUCAUUUAAACUGCUCUUUUUUUACAUAAAUACAUACUUUUAUCGCAAAUGAAAUAUAUACUAACAAAUACACGGUUACUGUUUUAAGAAUAAAUUAAAAGACAGUUUGUAGAUAAAUUACAGCUUGACGUCGGAUGAAUCCAUCAGCAUUCGCGCGAAAUUGGUUUUAUUAUUUGCAUUAUAGUUCGCGGGGAAUUACGUUGAGGAUGGAAUCGCUUAUUCUGUAAAUUGUAGUGAUUAUGUAGAAGUUGACUGGCAUAUCCUUUCAUUAUAUCAUUGAUAUCUCCUUUGUAUGAUUUUUCUGGCUGCCGGUAAGUGACAACCAGAUAUGUUAUG